GCUUCCUCUGUUCAUUCCCCCGUGCACGUCUCUGCAUUCCCUCUCCUCCCCUGUUUCCAUCGAGAGAUUAUGGCGCUGCUUUCAGAUCUUCUCAACCUUAACCUCUCAGAAUGCACCAAGAAGAUCAUAGCUGAGUACAUAUGUUUGGUUAAUGGGAAGAGCACUGCUAGGAACGAGUCGAGUGCGUGUCAACACACCCUCUUAUAUUAUGACAACGUCAUUAUAUUUUUGAAAGAGAUACUGGCUACAUUAACCGCCGAUCGGUAAAGUGCCGCAUCAGUCCUAUCUUUAAAAAGAAAAAUUAGAGUUCCAA